UCAUGUGCACCUCGUGGAGAGAAACUCUUGGUAGCGGAAAGCUCUCAAUGUGGGGAGCUCCGGCUUAAACUUUAUUUAGAGUAUAAAAACAAUUUAAACAUGUUAGUGUUAUUUGAAACCGCGGCCGGCUAUGCCAUUUUCAAGGUCCUGGAUGAGCAGAAACUCCAGCAGGUGGACAGUUUGUGGAAGGAGUUUGAGACACCAGAAAAAGCCAACAAAAUUGUCAAACUGAAGCACUUUGAGAAGUUCCAGGACACGACAGAAGCUCUUGCAGCGGCCACAGCGAUGGUGGAGGGGAAAAUAGGUAAAAGUCUGAAGAAAGUUCUCAAGAAGGUUGUGGCAAAAGAGGCUCACGAGCAGCUGGCCAUCACUGAUGCUAAACUAGGAGGAGUCAUUAAGGACAAGCUUAACCUGAGCUGUGUGCACAGCCCUGCUGUGGCUGAGCUCAUGAGAGGCAUCAGGAAUCAAAUGGAGGGGCUCAUCACAGGUCUGCCUGCCAAAGAGAUCAGUGCCAUGUCUCUCGGUUUGGCACACAGUCUUUCACGCUACAAGCUGAAGUUCAGCCCAGACAAAGUGGACACAAUGAUUGUUCAAGCUAUCUCUCUCCUGGAUGACCUGGAUAAGGAGCUUAAUAACUACAUCAUGCGCUGCAGGGAAUGGUAUGGCUGGCACUUCCCAGAGCUUGGCAAGAUCAUCACAGAUAACCUGGCAUACUGCAAGGCAGUCCGCAAGAUCGGUGAUCGCACAAAUGUGGGCUCGACGGACUUGUCUGAGAUUCUUCCAGAGGAGAUUGAGGCAGAGGUGAAACUGGCUGCAGAGAUCUCUAUGGGAACAGAGGUGUCUGAGGAGGACAUCGCCAACAUCAUGCACCUGUGCGACCAGGUGAUAGAAAUUUCAGAGUAUCGCACCCAGCUGUACGAUUACCUGAAGAAUCGUAUGAUGGCUAUCGCACCCAACCUGACAGUCAUGGUGGGAGAAUUGGUAGGAGCCCGUCUCAUAUCCCAUGCAGGAUCCCUGUUGAACUUGGCAAAACACCCUGCGUCCACUGUACAGAUUCUCGGGGCGGAGAAAGCACUUUUCCGCGCACUGAAAACCCGACGUGAUACGCCCAAAUACGGUCUCAUCUACCACGCUUCUCUAGUGGGGCAGACCACAGCCAAGAACAAGGGCAAGAUCUCCAGAAUGCUGGCUGCCAAAACAGCCCUGGCCAUCCGUUACGACGCCCUUGGGGAAGAUACCAAUACAGAGAUGGGUAUAGAAAACCGUGCCAAGCUGGAGGUCCGAUUACGCUACCUAGAGGAGAAAGGGAUCAGACGUAUCAGUGGGUCAGGCAAAGCUCUGGCAAAAGCUGAUAAAUAUCAACACAAGAGUGAUGUAAAAAUAUACGACCCAUCUGGUGACUCAACACUCCCCACUGUCUCGAAAAAGAGGAAGAUAGAAGAGGUAGAGGAGGGUGACGAGGAAGACAAGCCCGUGGAGGUCAAAGCCAAGAAAGCAAAGAAGGAAGCCCCCGCAGAAGGUGAGGCAGAAACAGAGACACCAAAGAAGAAGAAGAAGAAGGAGAAGAAGAAAGUGGAGGAGGAACCCAAGCCAGAGGAGGAGACAGCUGUCAGCCCAGCAGAGGUGAUGACAGAAAAGAAAAAGAAGAAAAAAGAAAAGAAAAGAGCAGCCGAGGAAGAGCUAAAGCAAGAGACAGAAGAGGCUACAGUCAGCCUAGCAGAAGAGACGACAGAAAAGAAGAAGAAAAAGAAGAAAAAGGUUAAAGAGGACGACGAAUAGAAUCAAUGGGACUUUAUUCUAUGAACUUGUAUAUAAAUGACAUUUUAUAGUGUAAUUGGAACAUUACAGUUAUGGUCACAUCCUCCUUUUGUGUGCCUGGCCCAGUUCGUUGAUCCUUUUUUUUUUUUAUGUGAUUUAUUUUUAAUUUUUGGACACAUUUUCUUUGCCUGUAGAUUGAUUGCAAGAGAAACAUAUUUUCAUGCUCCUCCAGUUUGUAUUGAGUUGUAAGAGAUCAUGCCAUUCAGUUUGUCUUUUUAUAAGCAAAUGUUUUUAGUUUGGUCAAAUUGGUUCCCAGUAUAAAAAUAAAUCUUUUUAGGGAGCGAGUUUUUUGGUGUUAGACUGGGUCAUUUGUGUCCAAGGAUUAUUAAAUACUGUAUGUUUCUAUAUCUUGCGUGUGGUCUCCUUGACUGAUUAUUGUGGUGGUGACUGUUUACAUGCUUAAGAACAUAAUGAUAUUAUUCAGAGCAUCAUGUAAAUGGAUUAACCUGAUUGUCAUAAUCAGAUUAAAAGAUAGACAGAGACUUCACCUUUGAGGUAACAUCUCAGUAAAUAUUCUGAUUAAGACAGCUUGCACUGUAUUAGGAGACAAUAUGGUGUCAUGCACCAAUUAAAGGGCUUUUUAAAAUACACCAUCCUUACUAAAGGCCUUUGCACAGCAAACGCGAAUGUUCGGCAUGAAUUCUUACUGUGAUCGACAUUUUGAAUCAAAACAAUAGAUUCCUAAUGAGCCAUUCUCACCUUGAGCGAACAUUCGCGCUGAAUUGCACUGCGCUUUUUUGUUUGUUUGUUUAUUUUCAUCAUCUGAUGAAGAAAUGCCCAGACUUAUAUAAGCUUUAGAUCAGGUGUCAGAUGCCGUUGCAGAACCAGAGCAACCGGUGGCACUACACCACAGAAAGCUGUUUUGACCACUGACAUUAAACGCUGAAGGAACUCGAAGAAAUCCUGCAAUCCAGCAGUGAAGAUGUUUAUUCCAUUUGCAUCAAAUGCCUUAAAAACUGAAUUUUUUUUUACUCGUAUGGGUUAUUUUAACAUGUAAAUGAUAUUGCUGCAUCACUGCCUUGCGAACCCUUUAAAAAUUAUCUGAUCUUAUGUGGAUUCUCUUCAUAAUUUAUUCCAUAUUGCUGCAUUGUUUUGCUUUUGCAUUUAAUCUUACGUGAGUUCACUUAUCUUUAAUAUAAAAUAUAUCAUCUUUGCCUCUGUAUCACUUUUAAAAUAACUUGACUGAUCUUGUUUUCUUCGCCUAAUAUUAAUACUAUUGCUGUGACUCACGGUGCGCUCUGUGUGCCUUUUGAAUAUAAAAAUAAAUAAAAAUGGUCAAUACUGUGCUAUAAUAUUCAUUAACAUCCCCAACUGUCGGUAGCAGAUUCAGACUGAAGAUGGGUUUUGUUGGGUGAGAUCGCCAGCUUGCUCACUGGGGGUCUAAAUACAAAUAUUUGUUGAUUUUAAGGCACAAUUUACAAUAAUGUUUAUCAAACCGCACAACAUUGAUGCAGACAUUACAGCUUUCGGUUACACUUUAUUUUACAGUGUCCUUGUUACAGUGUAAUUACUCAAGUAAUUAAUGAUUAUUACCAAUUAACAACAUGUACUUACUAUAGGGUAAAGGUUUGGCUUAGGGUUAGUUGCUUGUAAUUAUGCAGAAUUGACUGUUAUUACUAUAGUCAAUACAUGUGUGUAACAAGGACACUGUAAAAUAAAGUGUUACCCAGCUUUUUUUUUUUCUGUUAAAGCAUCAUUUUCUGUAAAGCUGUUUUGAAGUUAUAUGUUGUGAAUAGUACUAUACAAAUAAAAAAUGACUUGAUUUAUUGCUUGCA